AUGGAUAGGCUGUGCUCCACGGAAUUGGCGAUUGUAGUUCAGGACGCUCUGUGGCAUGUCAUCCCUUUGGGGGGAGUCCCUUUGGGUGCUGCUGGGGGUGAUGCGGGAACUGGGGAGCCCUACUUUGUGGGGCUUCAGCCUUUCCUUUACUCUGGUGAAAGUAUCUGGAUAGGCCUGUACAGAGGGAGUGACAACUGGAGAUGGUCAAAUGGAGAUGACAUUACUUAUUACAAUUGGAGCUCUAAUACACAAAGAGACCUUUUUGCUGUUUCUAUUAAUUCUGAAGGAAGCUGGGAUCAGUCUGUGUCCGACGACUUGAAUGCUUUUAUGUGCUACAAAGAAACUAGCAACAUCUCUGAGCGGUACAUUCUAAUGGGCUCUCCGAUGUCUUGGAUGUCUGCUCAGAACUACUGCAGAACACAUUAUACUGACUUUGUAAGUGUCCAAAAUGAGACACAAAAUAGAAAUCUAACGAUUUUGGCAAGAGGUCUGCGCUUUUGGAUUGGACUGUUCAAUAAUCCAUGGAAAUGGUCAGAUGGAACCAAUUAUACUGUCAACAACUGGGCCAACGGACAGCCAGACAAUAAUGGUAAUAUAGAAAACUGCACAAUGAUGCAUUACCCAUCAGGAUAUUGGUACGACAUGCCAUGCGACAACAAAUACAAGCUCAUUUGCCAAGUUAACUCCAUCAUUUAUGUAUAA